GAACUAUUAAUCAACGACAACCCCCCGCACACAUCUGCCCCACUGCGCCAAUGGAUCUUGGAGAUGAAGGGAGCUCUCCGUGGGGAGACGUACCCUCACAGUCCAACCACCCUACACAGAACGCUCCGAAGCUGGACCAGGACGACAGUCGCGACACCGACUCUCUUGCCCCCUCUACCAAGACGACCCCAAGCUCUGCUCCCAGUGCUGCAGCGGCACCGCGCUCGCCCGCAGGCCGCGGCCCCAGGCGACGCCAACAUGGCGUCCCGUCGACAAAACUCGAGGCCGUCGAUGACCCUCUGGGGCCUCUAGGAGCUUCCACGCCGCCCACGGGCCCUGAAGUUGCUCCUCCAGCGCCGCCCCAGAAAGAGUCUGCCGCAUCACGUAGCUCUCGCCCGGCACCCGGCGCCUCCACGCCAUCACUGCGUGGCAUGAUGGACUCUGUCAGCCUGGAGGACGACGAAGCCGAGCAGCCGCGCUCCCAGGGCCCUAGGAUUCCGCCGCCCGUGCAAGCGCCGACGACUGCAGUGCCCCAGCGCCAGACACAGCCAAGCGUAAGCGUCGAGCAGGCCGCAAAGCCCUCCUUUUCCAUCUACGUGGGCGACCCACACAAGGUCGGCGACCUGACGAGCUCACACACAGAAUACUCCGUCACGACGAAAACGACGUCCAAGGGCUACCGCAGAUCCGAGUUUACCGUCUCCCGCCGCUACCGUGACUUCCUCUGGCUGUACACACAGCUGCAUAACAACAGCCCAGGCAUCAUCAUCCCCCCACCACCCGAAAAGCAAGCUGUGGGCCGCUUCGAGGUCGAUUUCGUCGAGUCUAGGCGUGCUGCUUUAGAGCGCAUGCUGAAUAAAACCGCCACACACCCCGUAUUGCAGCACGACAGCGAUCUGAAGCUCUUUCUUGAAAGCGACGCCUUCAACGUUGACAUCAAGAACAAGGAACGCAAAGAUGCUGGCCUAGGUGAAAGCAAAGGCAUGUUCGGCUCUAUGCUCUCUGGCAGUAGCGGCAAAUUCGUGGAGCACGAUGAUUGGUUCCAUGAUCGGAAAAUCUAUCUUGAUGCGCUUGAGGCUCAGCUGAAGGCGCUGCUGAAAACUACAGACACCGUUGUUACCCAACGGAAAGGGCUUGCCGAGGCUUGUGGCGACUUCUCAGCUUCUUUGCAUUCGCUAUCCGCCGUAGAACUAUCACCCUCGCUCUCUGGUCCGCUCGACAGCCUGUCCGACAUUCAGAUCCGCAUACGAGAACUGUACGAGCGCCAAGCUCAGCAAGACGUGCUGACCAUAGGCAUUGUUAUAGACGAGUACAUCCGCUUGAUUGGUUCUAUCAAGACGGCCUUCCAACAGCGACAGAAGGCUUAUCAUUCCUGGCAUUCUGCCGAACAAGAGCUUCAGAAGCGAAAAACAACUCAAGACAAGCUUCUCAGACAGGGUAGAUCUCAACAGGAUCGUCUUAAUCAGCUUAGCGCCGAUGUUGCGGACGCCGAACGCAGGGUACACCAGGCGAGGUUGCUGUUCGAUGAUAUGGGCCGACUCAUGCGCAGCGAACUCGAAAGAUUUGAGAGGGAAAAAGUUGAAGAUUUCAAGUCUGGUGUCGAGACGUACUUGGAGAGUGCUGUAGAGGCUCAAAAGGAGCUGAUCGAAAUCUGGGAAACCUUUCUUAUGCAGCUAGACACCGAAGAAGGCGAAACAUUUGUUCCGCCAGCCGGUGUUGUGGCGUCACCCACCGUGGACCCAAAUUCAUCAGCUAAUGAGCAUACGGAUAUUCAGGAUGUGGACGAUUCGGAACCUAGGCAUGCAGCCGAGCCCGAGGCUCGGGGCUGAGCGAAGGAUGUUCUACUCCUUGAAUCAUUGAAUUCUCGCACAAGGCUUUGGACCUGAUUCGCAUCACUGAACCGAGUGUAAGCUUGCAACUGAAAUACCAUCUAAGAGUGGGCCGAAGGAUCUUGAAGCAACUUAACCACCUUGAAAAUACACCGGAUUACAUUAUCAUCUCG